AUGACCCAGGAUCUAGGACCCAGGAGACACCUGCACACUGGACAUACACCAGGCAGAAAGAGGGAACUAGAUGAGGACCUGAGGAGAGUUAUAAAGAAUCACAAAGCCAGUCUGAAGAGGAGGUUUGAGAACAUCUCUGAAGGCAUCAUCAAACCAGGAGCUGAGAUACUCCUCAAUAAGAUCUACACAGAGCUCUACAUCACAGGAGGAGAGAGUGAAGGGGUGAAUAAGGAACAUGAGGUUUGGCAGGUAGAGUCAGCAUCCAGAUCUCAAUCCACAGAGGACAUACCAAUCAACUGCAACGACAUCUUCAAGCCCUUACUUGGACAGAAGAAGCACAUCAGAACUGUGAUGACCAAAGGUGUUGCUGGUAUUGGAAAAACUGUCUCAGUUCAGAAGUUCAUUCUUGAUUGGACGGAUGGCAUGGCCAAUCAGGAUGUAGAUUUUAUGUUUCCUCUUUCUUUCCGUGAGCUUAAUUUAGUCAGGAGAAAUCAGUAUAGUCUUCACAGCCUCCUGCUUGACUUCCACCCUGAGUUGAAGGAGCUAAAUGAUGGUGAAGGAUACAAAGACUGUCAGGUUGUGUUCAUCUUUGAUGGUUUGGAUGAGAGUCGGUUGACUCUGGACCUGGAGCAGAAAAGUGAGUUGUCUGAUGUGAAACAAACAUCAUCAUUGGAUGUUCUGAUGACGAGCCUCAUUCAGGGAACUCUGCUUCCCUCUGCACUCAUCUGGAUAACCUCAAGACCAGCUGCAGCCAGUCAGAUUCCUGAUCAGUUCAUCAACCAGGUAACAGAAGUACGAGGAUUCAAUGACCCACAGAAGGAAGAAUACUUCAGGAAGAGAAUCAGAGAUGAGAGUCAGGCCAACAGAAUCAUCUCACACAUUCAGACAUCCAGGAGUCUCCAUAUUAUGUGCCACAUUCCAGUCUUUUGUUGGAUUGCAGCUACUGUACUUCAGCAGAUGCUGGAAAAGAAAAACAUCAAAGACAUUCCCAAAACGCUGACUGAGAUGUUCAUACACUUCUUGCUCAUCCAAACCACAAGAAAGGAUCAGAAGUAUCAGAGUGGAUCUGAAAAAGAUACAAAGAAACUUCUGGAAUCUCAGAGGAACAUUUUACUGAAGCUGGCAGAACUGGCUUUCAAGAAUCUAGAGAAUGGCAACCUCAUGUUUUAUGAGGAAGACCUGAGAGAGUGUGGCAUUGAUGUCAGUGAAGCCUCAGUGUACUCUGGCAUGUGCACUGAGAUCUUCAAAACAGAAACUGUGGAAUCUCAAAAGAAGAAGGUCUACUGCUUUGUGCAUCUGAGUGUCCAGGAGUUUCUGGCAGCUGUGUUUGUGUUUCACUCGUAUUUGGCUAAGAACCAUGAGGCAUUGGAAUGCUUCCUCAGUGAAAAGGAAAGAGAUGAACUCAAUCCAUCAUUUUUAUCUUCUCUUCAAUCAGCACUAGGAUUAAAAGACAAUUUACAUGUUUUACUGAAGAGUGCAGUUGAUAAGGCUUUGGAGAGCCAGAACGGACACCUGGAUCUCUUCCUUCGCUUUCUUAUGGGCGUUUCUGUGGAGAGAAAUCACAAACUUCUGCAAGGUCUACUGAGCAACACACACAACAGUUCUUAUAGUAUCAAGGAAACAUGUCAGUACAUGAAGAAGCUCAACAGAGAAGGGCUCUCUCCUGAACGAUGCAUCAAUCUUUUCCACUGCUUAUUUGAAAUGAAUGAUGAUUCCAUGCACAAAGAAAUUCUGACAUUUUUGUCAUCACCAAAGAACAUGAAACAGAAGUUAUCUCCUGCCCACUGUUCAGCACUGGCCCACAUGCUUCUGAUGUCUGAGGAGGUGCUGGAUGAGAUUGAGCUGAAGAAAUACAACACAUCAGAUGAGGGACGCAGGAGACUGCUCCCAGCUGUGAGGUGCUGCAGAAAGGCACGACUUGCUGAAUGCAAACUCUCAGAUAAGUCCUGUGGAAUUGUGGCUGCUGUUCUACAGUCACCAAACUCCCUGAUAGAACUGGACCUGAGUCACAAUGACCUGGGAGAUUCUGGAGUCCAUCUUCUCUUUAAGGGACUGUCUAGUCCCCACUGCAAACUGCAGACCUUAAGACUUGCUGAAUGCAAACUCUCAGAGAAGUCCUGUGAAAUUGUGGCUGCUGUUCUACAGUCACCAAACUCCCUUAUAGAGCUGGACCUGAGUCACAAUGACCUGGGAGAUUCUGGAAUCCAUCUUCUCUCUAAGGGACUGUCUAGUCCCCACUGCAAACUGCAGACCUUAAGACUUGUUGAGUGCAAAUUCUCAGAGACGUCCUGUGGAAUUGUGGCUGCUGUUCUACAGUCACCAAACUCCCUGAUAGAGCUGGACCUGAGUCACAAUGACCUGGGAGAUUCUGGAGUCCAUCUUCUCUCUAAGGGACUGUCUAGUCCCCACUGCAAACUGCAGACCUUAAGACUUGCUGAAUGCAAACUCUCAGAGAAGUCCUGUGGAAUUGUGGCUACUGUUCUACAGUCACCAAAUUCCCUGAUAGAGCUGGACCUGAGUCACAAUGACCUGGGAGAUUCUGGAGUCCAUCUUCUCUCUAAGGGACUGUCUAGUCCCCACUGCAAACUGCAGACCGUAAGGCUCUCUGAUUGUCUCAUCACAGAGAAGGGUUGUGGUUUUCUGGCUUCAACUCUGACUUCAAACCCCUCCCAUCUAAAAGAGCUGGAUCUGAGCUACAAUCAUCAUGGAGAAUCAGGACUGAAGCUGUUAUCUGCUAGACUGGAGGAUCCGGCCUGUAAACUGGAGAUACUUAAAUUCCAGGCUGACACAGGGGGUCAUGUGAUCUACAUCAUUUCCUGUGAGUUCACACUGGACCCAAACACGGCACACAGACGUCUCCUUCUGUCUGAGGGGAACAGGAAGGUGACGCGGGUGAGAGAGGAGCAGCCGUAUCCUGACCACCCAGACAGAUUUACUGGCUAUUACCAGGUGCUGAGCAGAGAGCCUCUGACUGGACGCUGCUACUGGGAGUGGGAGUGGAGUGGGCGCUAUGUUGAUGUGGGAGUGGCCUAUAAAAGCAUCAGCAGGAGGGAAGACAUCAGCAGCUCUCCCAAGGCCUGGUGUCUGGACUGUUCCAGUGACAAAUACACAGCCUGGCACAAUAGAAAUCAUACUGUCCUCCCCAUCCCCCCCGCAGGCUCCAGGAGAGUAGGAGUGUAUGUGGAGCGUGAGGUCGGCACUCUGUCCUUCUACAGCGUCUCCUCUGAUACUCUCACACACCUGCACACCUUCACCACCACAUUCACUAGUGAGCCCCUACAUGCAGUGAUUUAUGUAGGUACUAACUCCUCAGUGUCUCUGAUCUAGAUCACAUGACCUGCUGCAGGACACACACACACACAUAAACACACUUACUUCCACUAGUGAGCCCCUACAUGCAGCGCUUUGGGUUGAUGAUGACUCAUCAGUGUCUCUGAUCUAGAUCACAUGACCUGCUGUGUCCUGCAGUACACACACACACACACACACACACACACACCUUGCACCUUAUAUGCACACUGUCAAUAUGGUUGCAUGUACAUAUGUAGGGGAUAAUGGACGACACGCCGUGCGGUUAUUCAAAGUUAAUUCUAGACGGUGAUACGGCCCGACGCAAAGCAGAGAACUUUGACUAACCGCACGGCGUGAAGUCCAUUAUCACGCUUAUUCCACUGUUGCCACCUGAGUUGUGUUCGUUUCCGGUGCUAAUUUCAAUGUUUCAAUCACUAGAACUGUAACUGUACUCCUGAGUCCACACACACACACACACACACACACACUACCCACACACAAAUCUACACCUACACACACACACACACACACACACGCACACACACACACACACACACACACACACACACACACAAAUCUACACCUACACACACACACACACACACACACACAAAUCUACACCUACACACACACACACACACACACACGCACACACACACACACACACACACACACAAAUCUACACCUACACACACACACACACACACACAGAGCAUCACUCUCAGGAGACAUCCACCUGCAGUAUACUGUACCUACACACCCAAUUAUACCUACUCACAAACACACCCACCCACACACACACAAAAAUCUUUACCCACACACAUGCAAACACACAUACUUUUGCCCACACACACACACACACACACAUGCAGUAGAUGUUCGCAUGCAGGACACACACACACACACACACACACACACACCUAUGGAACUCCGUGCACCCCUGGAGGAGGAGCUGGCUACAUUUGGGCGUCCUGGGAGAGCUGCCGUCAUUUGACUUUGUUUUCUUCCUUUACAUUCACACACACACACACACACACACACACAAACCUAUGGAACUCCGUGCACCCCUGGAGGAGGAGCUGGCUACUUUUGGGCGUCCGUUGGGAGAGCUGCCGUCAUUUGUCUUUGUUUUCUUCCUUUACAUUCACCCAUUCACAUCUCCGCACAUACUGACGAAGAUGAUGCUUUAUGCUUAAUAUCUUAUUUAAUAAAUGAGUUAGAUGUGGGUAUCAGCACUACAUGCUGGUGUUCAAUACUGACGAAGAUGAUGCUUUAUGCUUAAUAUCUUAUUUAAUAAAUGAGUUAGAUGUGGGUAUUAGCACUACAUACUGGUGUUCAAUACUGACGAAGAUGAUGCUUUAUGCUUAAUAUCUUAUUUAAUAAAUGAGUUAAAUGUGGGUAUCAGCACUACAUACUGGUGUUCAAUACUGACGAAGAUGAUGCUUUAUGCUUAAUAUCUUAUUUAAUAAAUGAGUUAGAUGUGGGUAUCAGCACUACAUACUGGUGUUCAGUACUGACGAAGAUGAUGCUUUAUGCUUAACCCUUUGAUGCAUGAGCUAUUGAAACCCCCUCUAAUGCAUAACAUGGGUCACAAGUGACCCGCAUUCAUUUUCUAUGGAGUUUUGUUGAAGGGCUAGGGUUUCUUAGCAAUUUCUUUAAAAAAAACUUAUUUUCAUGACCCAGCACUCCAUGAAUUCCUCAAUUAACUUGUUUUUGUUCAUUACAAGACUAAGUUGUAUUUUUUUCUCUUAAACUUUUUAAAGAAAAACACUUUUCUGUCAAUACCCCUCUAAUUCAUAACAUGGGUCACAAGUGACCCGCAUUCAUUUUCAAUGGAGUUUUGUUGAAGGGUUAGGGUUUCUCAGCUAUUUUCAAGAAAAUAAUUCAAUUUAUAAUUUAAUAUUCCAGGUUUCCAUCACUUAUUUAGUUUCUUCCAAACACCAAUCAUUAUUUUCAUUAAUUGAUGGUCACUCCUUGAAUUCUAACACUUUUUAUGUGCCUAAAUUACAU